CGGGACUCAAACCUGAAACACUCCGACGCGCAGAGGAAACGGGAGCUGUUGCGCAUGCGCUCAGACGCUGGCCCAUUCCAGGGCAUGUGCGCACGCGCGCUCCUGGAGCUUCCCAACCUUCCGGGUGCGGGCGGGGCAUGUUACGUCACGUCGUUUAAUCCGGAAACGGCGGCGGAGGCGACAGGACCGAGGGGCUUUAGUUGGUGGGCAAGUCGGGGAGCCCAGAAAGAGAAGCGUGACCCGGAAGCGGAAGCGGGUGUCCGUCCCAGCUCCGGCCUGCCAGUGAGCUUCUACCGCCAUGGACCUGUUGUUCGGGCGCCGGAAGACGCCAGAGGAGCUACUGCGGCAGAACCAGAGGGCCCUGAACCGUGCCAUGCGGGAGCUGGACCGCGAGCGGCAGAAACUAGAGACCCAGGAGAAGAAAAUCAUUGCAGACAUCAAGAAGAUGGCCAAGCAAGGCCAGAUGGAUGCUGUUCGCAUCAUGGCAAAAGACUUGGUGCGCACCCGGCGCUAUGUGCGCAAGUUUGUAUUGAUGCGGGCCAACAUCCAGGCUGUGUCCCUCAAGAUCCAGACACUCAAGUCCAACAACUCAAUGGCACAAGCCAUGAAGGGUGUCACCAAGGCCAUGGGCACCAUGAACAGACAGCUGAAGUUGCCCCAGAUCCAGAAGAUCAUGAUGGAGUUUGAGCGGCAGGCAGAGAUCAUGGAUAUGAAGGAGGAGAUGAUGAAUGAUGCCAUUGAUGAUGCCAUGGGUGAUGAGGAAGAUGAAGAGGAGAGUGAUGCUGUUGUGUCCCAGGUCCUGGAUGAGCUGGGACUUAGCCUAACAGAUGAGCUGUCAAAUCUCCCCUCAACUGGGGGCUCGCUUAGUGUGGCUGCUGGUGGGAAAAAAGCAGAGGCCACAGCCUCAGCCCUAGCUGAUGCUGAUGCAGACCUGGAGGAACGGCUUAAGAACCUGCGGAGGGACUGAGUGCCCCCUGCCACUCCAAGAUAACCAGUGGAUGCCCAGGAUCUUUUACCAUAACCCCUCUGUAAUAAAAGAGAUUUGACACUA